AAUUAUAACCAACUAGCAAGCGGCUACAAGAAGAAAAGAAAGCAAUGGGUUAUGACCUACAUCGUUUCCAGGGCGAGGUCGACGAGGAAUUAACAUGUCCAAUAUGUUCCGGUGUACUGGAGGAACCCUUACAGGCGGCAAUGUGUGAGCAUGCAUUUUGUCGUGCAUGCAUAAAUGAGUGGCUGUCUCGCCAACCAACAUGUCCUGUCGAUCGCAACUCUUUAACGACAGCAAAUUUAAGAGCAGUUCCAAGGAUAUUAAGAAAUCUAUUGGCAAGGCUGUCCAUAACCUGUGAUAAUGCUGCACACGGUUGCACAUUGGUACUAAAACUUGAUGCUCUUAAUGCACAUCUAGAAGAAUGUGAACACAAUCCAAAAAAGCCAUUGCCAUGUGAAAAAGGCUGUGGCAUUGUUAUACCAAAAGAUGAGCUCAAGGAUCAUAACUGUGUACGGGAACUGCGUGCCAUGAUAUUGACACAGCAACAGAAAAUGGUCGAGUUCAAAACGGAAAUAUCUGAUCAAAAUUUAACCAUAAAUGAAUUGAAGCGUGAAGUCCAGCUAUUUAAAGAUUUUAUGCGUGCUAUGCGUGUUUCCAAUCCAGCUGUGCGUGCUAUUGCCGAUCAAAUGGAACGUGAUGAAGUUAUUCGUUGGAGCAGUACAUUGUCUCGGGCACGUGUAACACGCUGGGGUGGUAUGAUUUCAACACCUGAUGAUGCACUACAGAUGAUGAUAAAACGGGCUUUGUCGGAAUCUGGUUGUCCCCCGCACAUCUUAGACAACCUAAUGGAAAAUUGUCAUGAGCGACGCUGGCCCCGUGGUUUGAGUUCUCUAGAGACAAGGCAAAAUAAUCGCCGCAUUUAUGAUAACUAUAUUUGUCGGCGGGUACCAGGCAAACAAGCUGUAUUAGUUCUAAGUUGUGAUAAUGCCCAUAUGUCUGAAGAUGUUAUGGUCGAGCCUGGUCUUGUUAUGAUAUUUGCUCAUGGUGUAGAAUAAAACGGUAUAGAUUAAAAAA